AUGGCCUACCCCAACGGUCAACAGUCUUACUAUGGCCAGCCUAGCAAUCCGACCUCUCAGCCAGCCUCAAAUCACUAUCGCAACUCGACUCAGAGCCCGCAUCUUCCUAGGCGAAUGCCCAGUUUCAAUGCCGGAGACGACAGUUUGCUCUUCAACGCUAGCCGCGCACACAACGUGGGAGCUGCAACAAACGCGCAGUAUUCGUUUGACCAGGGAACCUAUCACCCGGCGCAAGCAGGGAAUGGCGACGGUAGAGAUGCGGUCUUUGCGCGGCCGUCACCAGACUUGUCGCGCAUGUCGCCUACUCGUGCCUCUUCUCAAUCUGUGGCCAUGCCCAGCUACCAACCCCAGUACCGCCAGUCCUCCGGCCAACCUACCUACAAUCCUCAGCAAUACGCAAUUCCUCAAUCGCAGACGCAACCGAAUCUGAGCUAUACUCCGCUAUCCUAUACCCCCUCAAUAAAUACCUCCCAUUCGAACUCAACUGGCCACCAGCCAUACAAUCCUGCCGCGUAUCAGCCUGCUGCGAUCUCCGGACUGGGAUCUCCCACAAUCGCACGACGGCCAAGUGAGAUUUCGCCCUUCUCCCCGGCGCCGCCGACACCAUCAACAUAUGGCUAUGCUCAGCAGCCGCCUGUUCCUCCCCCGCGUGCCCCAGACCAUCCUUACGGUGGACGUUCGUCUUACGGAACAUCUCCUGUCGCCUCAAUCGGCCAUUCCACUUCGACCUCGCCCUCGGCCUAUCAGACCUUUUCACCGCUAUCUACAUCAAAUUAUGCAACAUCGAACUCUCCAUCCACAGGCUAUAUACCCCAUUCGUCGUCUCACUCUUACUUCCCAGCAUCGCAUGGUUUCGGAUCCGAUUCCCCAUACCCCUCUCAUACUAUCCCGCCCAUCAGUAGCACCUUGGAAGACCAACCUCCCACGCCACCAGUUCACCAACCACAGAGCAAUGGCGCAUUGAGCAAGCGUCCGAGUUUCUCCCAGCCUCGGCGGCCUCUGCCCUCAACGACCUUGCAGCAAGAUUUACCAAUCCUGCCACCUCGAAGGACCGACACAUUGACGAGACAUCCUCAGGCGCGCCCACUGCCAGGGCCGCCGAUUGACACAGAGCCAGACACUCACGGCAGUGAUGACCUAAUUCAAGAGCUCGAGACCGCUGUCAUGGAUACCCAGGCGAGCUUCUCCCGAGCACAUGGUUCUCGUUCCUCGCACAACGGGUCCGGGUCUCGCGUGCGACUGUCACCGGAUGAACCACAUACACAUACCAAUAAUGGAAACGUGGCUACUGGUACCGGGCAUAUUGUCAACUACGAUGCGUAUAGUGACGAUAGUGAGGCAGAGGCUGAAGCAGGACUUGCUAUGCUACAGAUGGCAGAAGAGGAAGAAAGGGCACGACAGGAGCGCGAGCGUGAACGUCUGCAUGGACACGCCCGCCGGAAUACGAAUACUUCAAUCAUAAGCUCCCAUUCGCAUAGGUCAUAUGCAUCUAACAGAGGCCCCUCUCCUCGUCAUUCCCCGCAGUCUGAUACUCUCGAAGAUGAUGAGCUCAUUGGCCACGAUCUGGCACUCUAUGGCGGAGGUUACCCGGGCACUAUGCAUUAUGGUGCGGGCGCAACAUACAGUCCCGAGGACCAGCACCUGGAUACUUCUGCGGAUGGUAUGACGGGCAGAUCGAGCUCUUUCAGAAGCAAUUUCUCAGGCAAUGACCGCGGUGACGGGUAUGACGACUAUGAGCAUCCGCCAAUCGCCUACGAAUUCGCAAACCUCUUGCACCACUAUCCACCGGAUGCGAGAGUUGAUGCUGGUGGCACCGGCGGUCUCUCGACUCCUGGAAAUAUGGAUCGCCGGAUGAGCUGGGAUUAUGGCGAAGAGACAGGGAGCGCCUUCGAUCAGCAUGACGGAGACCACUCUGGAGAAGAAAGCCCUUAUCGCGCAGCCCAUGAGGACCUAUUCUUCCAUCCAGGGAUGCGUCCAUUGCCCCCAGCGCCUGUUGAGCCUGCAGACAACAACUUCACCGACCUUCACUCGCAUUUGAUGCCCGCUGGUACAUACAGGCCACCGGAACAAGACACCCAGGAUCAUUCACAGUACCAACACCCCACGUCAGGCCCCGGGGAUGCAUAUGAGGAAAUUCUCAGUCCAUCCCAAGUUCCCCGCUCAUCAUCUCUGUCUACUCCAAUCGGGCCUCGUACAGAUGCACCCAUCAGAUCGAAGACGGAUGCGGACCGAGCCCGCUACAAGCAACAGCAAGACUUCUUGUGGCAGCUUCAGAACAAGGAUCUUCCUGAGGUGGAUCCCGCCGAGGCAGCUGCUACUAUGGCUCUCGAUCUGCCUACGAUCCCCACAGGACGUCGCAAGAGGUUCAACCCUGCGAAGCUGUCAUCUGAACAGUUCAAGAAGUGUAGGGAGCCCUGGGCUCUCAGCUCCAUCCUGGCGUGGGUUCGUGAUCUUAGCGAGGAGGAGACAGAUCUUAAGGAGCAGGCCAUUACGGAUGCAAUCGUGGCUCUGUUCACGCACAAAGUGCCCACAAUGAACAUCGCUGAUGCCGAGACAUUGGCUUCUCGUGUUGUGGCCAACAUGCUCCGGGCGGAGGCACUGGUCAAGGAAGAAGAAUGGGUCAAAUUCAGCAACGGCAAACUUUCGGGUGUCUUGUACCAAAUCACCGGCACCGGCUGUUACUCCUCCAAGCUUCACGAGUCGGAGAUGCAUAUUCAAGAUACAGAUUCCUACGGACGCUGCUACUCCCACCAUUGUAUGCGGACCCUGCGAAAGGUCAACCUCAAGACGCAAAUGAUGGCUCCGCAGAGGAAAAUGGAGGACUGGGUUACCUUUUACAAAGUUCCGAAGGAGAUCUGGGAAACAUACCCCAAGAAGGAGAUCGAUCGCCAAAAUAACUUGCACGAGAUUGUCACUACGGAGGACGCUUAUAUCGGCCAGUUGGAUGUGCUCCGAGAGCUGUACCGUGACCAAUUGGCCUCCAUGAAUCCACCCAUCAUCCCGCCCAAGCGCCUGGGUAAAUUCUUGCAUGAGGUCUUUGGCAAGGUUGACGCCGUGAAGAAGGUCAACGAGGAUUUCCUGCUGGCCCAGCUGAAGUACCGUCAGAAGGAGCAGGGUCCAUUUAUCGUGGGAUUCAGUGAUAUCUUCCGAGAGUGGAUUCGCAAGGCCAAGAAUAUCUACAUUGACUACGCCGCUACGUUCCCGACCGCGAAUUACUACGUGCGCAAGGAAGCUGAGCGCAAUGUGCAGUUCAAGCAGUUCCUCAACCAGGUUCGUGAGCACAAGUCAUCGAGUCGACUUAGCUGGGACACUUUCCUGAAAGCUCCAAUCACACGAAUCCAGCGGUACACCCUUUUGCUCGCCACGGUGCACAAAAAUAUGGUUAAAGAUUCGGACGAAAAAGCCAAUGUCGCACAAGCUAUUGAAGAGAUCAAGGUGGUGGCUCUAGAGUGUGACAACAAAGUUGGCGAGAUGAAUAAGAAGGCAGACUUGAUGGAGCUUGCUACCAAGCUGCAAUUGCGGCCCGAGAUGAAGAAAGAGGUCGAGCUUAACCUGGAACACUUGGGCCGUGAGAUCAUCCACAGGGGAGACCUCCAAAGGCCCGGUACCAGGACUCGAUUCCUUGUCGAUACCCAUGCCAUUCUAUUCGAUCACUAUUUUGUGCUUGCCAAAUUGAGCACUGCUCGGGAACAGUCGAGGGCAGUCAAGUACGAACGCUAUGACGUCUCGAAGCUGCCAAUUCCCAUGGACCUUCUUGUUCUAGAAAGUACCAACGAAGAUCCAGUGGUGAAGUCCUCUGUCAGAGGCGUGACCACUGUGACACCUGCGCAGGGCGCGGCCAACCCUGGUGGCACAACCACGAACGGUGCCGUAGCAACCCUCGAGUCCAAGGAUGAUAAGAUCCUAUAUCCAUUCAAGAUCAAACAUCUCGGUAAGAACGGCACCUACACCCUCUACGCCUUUUCUUCGCAGAGUCGCAGUGAGUGGUGCCAGAAGAUCAUCAAGGCGAAGACCAAGCAUGCUGCGGCCCUCUUCUCGCAAAACGCAGAGCCGUUCCGCCUCCGUGUUCUUGCUGAUACUGCAUUCGCUACUUCGGAUCAAAGUACCAGCUCCAAGAGUGUCACUAUCAAGGGCACCCCAUUACAUCGCGCCAUUAAGGAAGUUGAGAAGCAGUAUGAAGGAUCCGGUCCUCGUCCCGCGCCUGUCUGUAGAACUUCUGUCAAUUGUGCCACUGUCUUUCAGCAACCACCAGGCAGGAUGAUGUGCGCUAUUGGCACAGACUACGGUGUCUACAUGUCGGAUCUCAGUAACCCUCGCGGCUGGUAUCGCGCAAUUCAAAUCAUGCGAGUAACGCAGAUUGCGGUUUUUGAGGAAUUCAACCUCUUUCUUCUGAUUUCAGACCGCUCCCUGAUUGCGUACCAUCUUGAUGUGAUCUGCCCUGCAAGCGGUGUUCCAUCCCAAUCCCAGGACUCUGCCCGCAAAGCGCCACAGAAGCUUUCGGGCAACCGUGAAGUCGGGUUCUUCGCCGCUGGGCGGAUGAAGGAUCGGUACCUGGUCCUGUACAAGAAACGAGAUGGACUUUCGUCCACUUUCAAGGUCCUCGAGCCAGUUCUCCAAAAGUCUACAUCGAGCAAAAGCCGCUUCUUCCAGUCCCGCAGGUCACAGACCGAGUUCUUCCGUGAAUACGACGAAUUCUACAUCCCUGCUGAAAGUUACAGCAUCAACAUGUUCCACUCUUCCAUUGCCAUCGCCACCCACCGCGGCAUUGAAGUUCUCACCCUGGACAAGAAGCAAUCCUGGUCGGUCCCCGACUUCCGGUCCGACACCACCCCCGAUGCAUCCGACACCCUACAAAGCAUUGCCCAUCGCAUCAAGGACCUCCAGUGCGCUGUAUACGUCAACAAGCACGGCGACGUCUCGCGAAGUGUGGUCAUGGAAUUUGUUGGUAGUGCGCAUACCGCUUGUCUUCAUGGUAAAUUCUUGAUUCUUUUCAAUGAAGAUUUCGUGGAGGUGCGCAAUGCGAUGAAUGGACGCUUGAGACAGGUCAUUCCGGGCCACAACGUCGUUCGGCUCGACGACGGGACCAAGUUGCCAGGCUCCUUUGGCCAGGCCAAUGCGAAGAGCUCCGGCUCCAAUGGAUACCUGGAUAGUCCAAACCACACCGUGAAGAUCUGCAUGCAACAUCCCGAUUACGAGCGCACACAACUUGUGCUCGAAUUGGUUGAGAACGAAGGCCAGAAGGACUAG